ACCGUUGACAUUCACUGUAAAGGAAACAAGUGUCUGGUAUUGUUGGUUUACAUUUAGAGGGUGGUACAUGUAUUUGUUAAUUAGAUGAAGCAGUCCGAUAUUAGCCAGGGUGGAAGUGUAGACAUGUUUGAUAACUCACAGUAUCCAUAUAACUGCUUCAACUAUGAUGGAGAUGGAUACCCCACCUGCAGCACGGAUGAAGACAAGAAGAUGUGUCGACCUGCUUACAGUUACAUAGCGUUGAUAGCCAUGGCCAUCCAGCAGAGUCCAGAGCACCGGGUCACCCUGUCAGGGAUCUAUGAGUUCAUCAUGAAGCGCUUUCCCUACUACAGGUCCAACCAGAGGGCAUGGCAAAACUCCAUAAGACACAACCUCUCUCUCAACAGCUGCUUCGUUAAGGUCCCCCGCACGGAGGGAAAUGAGAAAGGAAAAGGCAACUACUGGACCUUCGCCACCGGCUGUGAGUCCAUGCUCGACCUCUUCGAGAACGGCAACUUUCGGCGUCGCCGGCGCCGACGCAACAUGAAGCUAGGUUUCAGAGAGCCUGGGGAGCCUUUCCUCCCAGUAAACAACAAUAACAACAUCAACAACCAACAAGGAGGCUCCACCAGGCGGUCGGAUCGUAACCCUAACCCCGACCCAGACUCCUUCUGCUCCCACAGACCAGGUCACCACAACCCCCUCAACCCCCACAACACCCUCAACCCCCUCAACCCAAACCAGCAGGGGAAACCAGAACCAGAGAUUAAAUUCAGUAUUGACUACAUCCUCUCCACCCCAGACCCCCCUCUGCCGGGCUUCAGACCCCCACAUAGUGGUACAACAGGGCCCCACAUACAUGUUCUGGAGCCCCAACACCUCAACCUGCACUUCUGGACCCUGUGAGUGGCACAAUCUUGACUAGAAAGAGAGAGACUACAUCUGAAAGAUUGGAUGGUUUUUCCUCCAUAUCUGAAUUAGUAAAGGAAGAGAUCCAAAGACUGUCCUUUUGGGGAUAAUUUAUUGACUUGUCCUGUAAUUAAAUAACAUA